CAGCUGCUCAACACAGAAGUUUCUCAGUUUGUCUGUUGAGCUGAAAUUCACAAACUGACAGACUUAAACUAGAAAACCACCAGACGUUGCUGUGUCUCUUCUUUACAUGUCAACUUAUUUGGUGAGUAAAGAAUAUGUUUAUUUUUGUUUAAUUACAUGAUGGACCAAAUCAAAAAUCUGUGGUUAUUAAGUAAAUGUUUUGUUUCAUUUCAUUCCAGAUGUUAGAAAUGACUUCCAUGGCGUCACUGUGUGUGAAAAUGUUUCUCAGUGUCUUCUUUCUAUCAGGUGCUUUGGCUGAUUGUAGAGCAGCUCUUUUCAUCACUGCACCGACAGAGAUGGAGGCACUGAGUGGAUCCUGUUUACACAUCCCGUGUAGCUUUAGUGAUGUGGAUAAAGAAGGACAAGUAUUUGACAGCACAAAACCCAUCUAUGCAGUGUGGAUUAAAAACGAAUACGAUUUUGGGAACUUAAUGAAUAAUGCGAUUUUUAACAGCAGUCUAUAAUUAAUUAUAAUUAAUUAUAAUUAGACUAAUAAUAAAUAUCCAAUGAAAGUUACUGGAGACCUGGCUCAGAAAAACUGCACCACUGUGUUUUCCAGGUUAAUCACAGAUUAUACAAACAAGUAUUUCUUCAGAAUUGUGAACUGGCCAUUCAGAAGCACUGCUGUUUGUGACCAAAUUCAAAUCAAUGUUAUAGAUUUUCCUCCCAGUCCCAGUAUUGAAGUCUCCCAUCAGCAGCUGAAGGAGAAGGAGUCUGUCACUAUAACCUGCUCAGCUCUCACUCCCUGUCCACACUCCCCUCCUAAACUCACCUGGAAUCUACAACAAGACGCUGCAAACAUCAUGGAAGAAAACACAGAUCGAACAUUUACAACUAAAAUCCAACAGAACAUCACUGUGUCAGACCAACAUGAUGGAUUCAACAUCAGCUGUUCUGCAGCAUAUCCUGUGGACGAAGGAAGAAUCAAAACAGCAGAAACAAACAUCACCCUCUGUGUUUCAUAUGCUCCUAAAAACACUUCAGCGUCCAUCAGUCCUUCAGGUUCGCUGUGGGCAGGUAUGUGGGUGAACCUGACCUGCUCCAGCAGAGCCAAACCUCCUGUCAGCAACUUCACCUGGUUCAAGACCAGCACACAUGGACCCAUCAGAGUGUCUGAAGGAGACGUUUACAGCUUCAGUUUGACCAAUGACACUGAAGGAGAUUAUUAUUGUGAAGCAACAAAUGAUCUCGGGAAACAAACAUCGCCAGUGAUUCAUAUGAAUAUUGAAGAUUCUCCUCCCAGUCCCAGUAUUAAAGUCUCCCAUCAGCAGCUGAAGGAGAAGGAGUCUGUCACUAUAACCUGCUCAGCUCUCACUCCCUGUCCACACUCCCCUCCUAAACUCACCUGGAAUCUACAACCAGACGCUGCAAACAACAUGGAAGAAAACCCAGACCGAACACUUACAACUAAAAUCCAACAGAUCAUCACUGUGUCAGACCAACAUGAUGGAUACAACAUCAGCUGUUCUGCAGCAUAUCCUGUGGACAAAGGAGGAAUCAAAACAGCAGAAACAAACAUCACCCUCAGUGUUUCAUAUGCUCCUAAAGACACCUCAGCGUCCAUCAGUCCCUCAGGUUCACUGUGUUCAGGUAUGUGGGUGAAACUGACCUGCUCCAGCAGAGCCAAACCUCCUGUCAGCAACUUCACCUGGUUCAAGACCAGCACACAUGGAGCCAUCAAUGUGUCUGAAGGAGAAGUUUACAGCUUCAGUUUGACCAAUGACACUGAAGGAGAUUAUUAUUGUGAAGCAACAAAUGAUCACAGGAAACAAAAUUCAUCAGUGAUUCAUGUGAAUAUUGAAGAUGACAUGUGUACCUUUGUCAAGUGGGGUUCAGCUCUAGGUGUGGUCUUUGUAUUCAUACUCAUCUGCCUUUUUGUCUGUCUUUGGUUCAGUCAUCCAAAUCCACACCACCACAGUCAGGAGGAUCCAGCUCAAAACAUUUCUCACUGGGUUCACUGUUCACAGAUCCAAACAGAGGCAGCCACAAGAACUGAAGACAGCGUCCAUUAUGAAGACGUGAGCUUCCAUCAGAGGACUCCUGAACUGCCCUGUGUCACAGUGCAGGUCAACGCACAGCAGCAGGACACAGUGUACGCACAGGUCAAAGCAUCCAAGUCGAUAAACAGAAUGACAAAGAUGAUUGUAUGCUCAGAGGAUCUGUACACUCAAGUCCAUCCAUCCAACCAUCUUCCUUCACUUAUCCAGGUCCAAGUCCUGGGGGCAGCAGCCUAAGCAGAGCCUGGUUACUCCACCAAGUUGCACCAAAAACAAACACCUAACCAGGGCAUCUUGAUUUUUCAGUCACUAUUCAUGACCAUGUCAGUCCUCCGCUCCAUCCGUCUUCCAUUCAUGACCAAGACCCUGAGAUAUUUAGUCUCCUCCACUAGUUCCUCUACAACCUGGGAGCUCUCCACCCUAAUACAGGUGUGAGCCAUGUUGGGGCUCUGAAUAGGGGAGAAAAGUGAUGACGACUCUAAGGACCCACAGCUGACAGGUACCCUUGAAAAUAGUAGACUGUUUGUUAAUUUUUUUAAUGGAAAUUAUUGAUCUGUUGCCAUGAAAGACACAGUAUAUGGUUAAAGUAUUGGGAUGCAUCAUUGUCUUCAUACGUCUCGCCAACAGUUGCAUAAAAUUAAGUGUCAUUUGUGAAGCUGCUUCAUGAGGUUAGUUUUAUGGAGGGUGCUGUAAGGGGGAGAAAAGUGAUGACGACUUUAAGUGCCCACAACUGACAGGAGCCCUAGAAAAUAACACAACAGUUAGUGCGUUUUUUUGUGCAAUAAAAGAAUGUGUGCUUCACAAGCCAUGAAUAAUCAUAUUUGUUCUUUACAUUAGUUUUGCUUCAUUGUCAAAAAUCUAGUUAGCCUCUGACCCCUGUCUCCCCCCUCUUUAUAUCAUGAUAUGGUUUGGUCCAGGAGCCAGAGCUCUUAACUGAUACUAAUAAAUAUACUUCCAUCCAAAAAGCAAAACUAUAUUUUAUUUUUAUUUGUAUAUCAUUGUAAAAAAAAAUGUUAUACUGUUAUCAUUAAAAAAUAUUAUUAAAAUGUUAAAGACGACCCCUCUCUCAUCAAAUUUUCAUGAAAUCAUAACAUCUAUUGUGAGCAGAAUAUACACU